UGCGGCAAGUCCAGACACAAAUGGACUGAUUGUUGGUCCAAGGAACCUACUGUUGUCCGAGUGGCAGCAGUGAGAGUACAGAAGCGGAAAAGAGGGAAUGGCAAGUCCAACUCUCAGAAGAAGGCUAAAGUGGCUGCUGUAGUAGCAGAGGAUCCACUUGUUGUACUCCCGGAGGUUACAGAAGAUUUUGUUUUGCAGCCUGAGCAAGACUCGGACAAUGAAAUCCUCUGGUAG